AUGGGUUUGAAGACACUUUCGGCAAAGGCGGCCGCAGCGCUGGACAAGGAGCUGAUGAGCACUGGUGCCUUUUCCAUCGACCAACUGAUGGAGCUCGCUGGUCUCUCCGUCUCACAAGCAGUGUACCGCGUCCACCCGCUCAGCAAGGGUCCGAAUGUUCUUGUUGCCUGCGGGCCCGGCAACAACGGUGGUGAUGGUCUAGUCGCCGCCCGUCACCUUCGUCACUACGGUUACAAACCCAGCAUUUACUACCCCAAGCGGAGUAAGAAUGAACUGUACCAACGACUGGCGCAGCAGCUGGAGGACCUGAACGUCCCAUUUGUGGACGACUUUCCCACGGCCCUGAAGUCGACGGACCAUAUCGUGGAUGCCAUCUUCGGAUUCAGCUUCUCUGGCGAGGUCCGGGAGCCCUUCCCGGCGGUGAUCAAGGCGCUCGAGGAGACGAAAUUGCCCGUAACUUCAGUUGACGCCCCAUCAUCAUGGAAUAUCGAGGAUGGCCCGCCAUCGUCUGGCCUCGGCAGCUCUUUUCACCCUGAGGUACUCGUCAGCCUGACAGCACCUAAGCCGUUGGUGAAGCAUUUCAAGGGACGACACUUUGUCGGAGGAAGGCAUGUCCCAAGCUCGAGGAACCCCAAAAAUAAGAAACUUUCGCAGGCUAACCUUGGGAGCAGAUUCGUUUCGCCAGGUAUUGCUGAAAAAUACAACCUGGACCUUCCACAGUACGAAGGCAUCGACCAGGUGGUAGAAGUGGACAAUAACGGUCAGAAGCUGUAA